GUGGUGCUAGCGGCGGCGGCGGCGGGGGGUGGGUGGUGAUGCUGACAUGGCCGAGUCGCGCGACGCUGGAAGGUCACGAUGGUGUUCCUACUUUGCCGUCAAGCUCAUGCUGGUCACGUACGCCUUUCUGUGCUGGCUGCUGGGCAUUACGCUGCUGCUGCUGGGCGCGUACUCCGAGGUGGAGCGGCGGCGUUACCGCACACUCGACGGGAGCUUCCUGUCGCCGUCCAUCAUCCUCAUCACUGCCGGCUGCAUCUCCUUCCCCGUGUCGUUCCUGGGCUUCGUCGGAGCUCUGCGCGACAACCUGACGCUUCUGCGCAUCUUUAUCUUCAGCUUGUUGGCUGCCAUUGUGGUGGAGUUGAUCGUAGGAUUGAUCAUCGUCUUAGGGAAAGAACAGACGAAGGAGUUCUUUAGUGAUCAUGUACGAGGUGGGAUCAGAAACUACUACGACGACCUGGAUUUUAAGAACCUCAUGGACUUCGUGCAGGAGGAGUUUCAGUGCUGCGGAGGGGAUUCGUACACGGACUGGGAGUACAACCCAUACCACCUGUGCUCUGCUCCGGGCAAGGCGGCCUGCGGGGUCCCAUACUCGUGCUGCGCCACUGAGAAGAACCCUGGGGCACUGCUGAACUCACACUGUGGUUAUGGCAUCCUUCAUAAAGAGCGGCUGGAGCUCACGGAAGUGAUUCACGUGCGAGGGUGCACGCACGCCAUCUUUCUGUGGAUCGGAGACCGUCUGCCACUGGCCAUUUUUGUCUCCGUCCUGAUUUUGCUGUCUCAGGCUUUUGGCAUCGUCACCUCAUACCUGCUUGUACAAAACAUCACCCAGACGAUAAAGGAAGGACUGAACCACGUGGAGACCGACGGACCCAUGCUGAUGGAGCCGGCGGAGGACUCCUCCCGCAUCCAGAGAUGGCUCUACAUGUACCUGCCACACGAGCAGCGCCCUGCCUCACUCAUGAACGCUCAAAUUUGACGGCUGCAGUCAAAGCCAGCCGCUCCACAUUGCUAAACGGCCAAUUAAUUGAGAAAUGUAAUCACAAAGCCACUCAUUCCCAUUACAUAGAUAUUACUCUAUUUUCAGUCUCCAUUUAAUGUUAUAAUGUUAUUAAUUUCAUAAUGAACUGCAUGAUUAUAAUUAAAUUGAUGUAUUUAAUUUAACCAGGUGAGAAUCUGCUGAGGUAAUAUUUUUAUUUAUUUUGCAAGCGGAAAUCUGGAACCUUGUAAUUUCAUCCCGUCAAACGCGUGCGGCUGUGACAGAAAGUGCCACUUUUUGGAAAGUUAACAGUGGUUGUCCUUUGGAAAAAACUUGCUCCAGCCAUGGGAAUGUGGAAUUUCCACCACUGCCUCAGUGGCUAAGCACCUUCCCAUGCCCAUUUAAAUGGGAAAGCGCUGUGAAGUGUUGUACCUAAUUUCUAGCCCGUUAAGGUAACGCCGGUACACAGUGGCCUGCUUUUACUCAGCGCCGCGUGGUUUAUGAUGCUCACCGUUGAGCAAAGUAGGGAAACCGUGGCAAUUUCUAACAUAGUUAAAGGAGUUAAAACAUUACACUGUUUUUUUUGUUAAAUUCAGGCAUUGGUUAUCAAAUGACAAUGCUAAAGUGUCUCAUUAGCAAUUACAAUAACUAAAUCGCCACGGAUAAAAAAAAUAUAUAUUGAACUUUAAUACUGAAAAAUGGAAUAAACUGACUUUAAAAAUAUUUUUUUUCAAACUGACAAAGUCCUAACUCUAAAAAAGGAAUUGAAUUAUUAAUAAUAUGCAUUCAAAAUAAUUUACUUAAAAUCAUCCCUGAUAGGGCCUGGCAUAACUAAACACGCCUGCCUGUGACGAUGUGCUCAAUUAAUGUCAAGCGAUCAGAAUGUUUAGAGGAUUGAAUUUGAAAAUAUUGCAAAAAGACUAAAUGACCAUUACAUUACGGCAGGUCCAGUGGCCAUGGCACCUAUUAUCUGCCAACCAGAUAGUAAGGAAUUGGCACAGGUCACAAGAGAGAGAGAGAGACUGAAAGUUUAUGUCUGUAGAAAUUAGCAGAGCAAGUCGGUUGUAUUUUUACUCUGCAGCGUAUAAGCAUUCAUAUAUGUAUUUUUAUUCUGCCAAUACAGUAUUCCCUCGUUCUCGCGAGGAAUACGUUCCGGAGAUGCUCGUGAAUAGCAAAUUUCGCGGGUAAUAAUAUUGACCCACAGAAAACUAUCUUUUUAAUAAAUUACCUUCACUAAAUACGUAAAUAAGCUAUUAAAUACAUGGAAAUUAUAUCAUCACUGUAUGUCAUCACUUUCUCUCUCUCUCGAUGCAGUCGUGUAUAGUUCCAGAUGCGGUUCGCGGAGAGCCAAAAUCGCGGAUAGCCAAAAUCGCGGUUAGCAAGUUCGUGAAUAGCGAGGUAAUACUGUAAUAUUCUCCUUCAUUAAAACGAUAACAACUUGUCAAACAGGGUCUUCGUGACAACGAGUCUUGAGACUCCGGCAUUUAUAAACGAGCAGCGAGCUGGCAAGCAUGAACCCCGAUAAUACCUACACCAGGGUGCUCACUGGCUGAUUUCCAAGCCUGACAGUUACAAUUACCGUGCUUUGCUGCUGUUUCUCUUAAAAUCAUAACCAAUGCACGGGUCCGUACACUGCACUAGGAUUGACGUUAUUAUGCAGGUGCUUUGUGGGGUUCGUCUAGGGUAAAUGCCACCCUCGACAAAUAGAUUUUAAAGUGUUUGUGAAGGAAGUGAGAUUACCCAAGGUUAAGUCUCGCUCACCUGCAUAUCAAACGUAACCUCUCCUGCUGUGGUGGAACGGUUAGCACACCGCUCUGUAUAUCAACGUAGGUGCUUAGUGUUGUACUGUCCCACUUCAUCAACCCCCGCAAAAGUGAUGGUGUCCAACGAUUUAAUGUGCAUGCUAUUGCUCGGUGCAUUUUCUAUUUAUUCAGUCAAGGCUGUUUUAUAAAUUGAGUAUGUGUGUGACUUCCAAUGUUUCAUAUUGAUGGUUUCAUUGUUACUGUGUGCAGCUUAUUUAGAACAGUUAUUGUGGGUAACUUUUUGGUAUUUUGUAUGAAGAAAAAAAAGAUUUACAGCAACGUUUGUGUUUCGUAAAAGAAUGUGUACAGACCUAUGUUGUUUUUUAUCUCUCAGACGCGUGUAACGUCACGAUCGCAAAAUUGAUUUUAAUUGACCUUAGUUUAACAUGUAGGCUUUCGCGACCAAUAUUAAUUGACCUGUUAAAUAUUGUGAUGAUGUUUUCAUAAUGGUUCACGCUUUUGCUUGUCAAUAUUAACCAGUAGAAAUGAAGCGACAGGCACAAGCACAGUGGCAUGAAAUGCAAUCUCGUAUUCGAGGACCGAAGUCCCAGGACAAUCUUGUGGACAAAAAACGGAAUUUGUUUUUGGUGACUUUUUGUGGUCAAGCCGUACACAAUGCAGGAGUUAAUCCCCAGUCCGUUCCAGUUCAAAGUGAAACUAUCUGCGUGCUCACACAAAUGCGAAGUGCUCGACUCUGGUGGUGGCAACAACGCACGAGUUUGUAAACCAUGUUGCUUUUGUGCGUUGAACCGAGCUCCAUUGUUUAGAUGAGAGUGUUCUUCCCAAAUUGUCUCUGGCAACCGAACAGCAUUCGUUUAAAAAAGCCAAAAUUUGCCGAUGAGACCAACAAGGUGAUCACCGAUCCAGAGUUUUCUUGCUGAAACAAAUGCCGCUGGAAAAUACUGGUGCCAUAACCCUGGCUCUCCAAGAGAAAGGCAGUCCAGAAAGUAAACUAAUCUCCAUCUACUUCCACCUGUACGGGGAUAGAGUGUUGCCCCCUCACAAGCGUGGCCUCUCUCUGAGUGCUCCAGUUUCCUCACACGAGUACAAGCACUCAUUUAAUUGGCUGAAAACUGUUCAAUUAAACCCCAAUGCUGGACCCUCCUGCAAAAAGAGCCCAUUGGACUCAGUAUGGCUAUCCUGGAUAAAUAAGUUAUGUUUUUUUAUAUAAUGAAUAUGGCUUAUAAUCCAGUAGUCAAUAUUUCACAUUCCUAUGGCAGAGGCCAUCCCCACCAUUAUACUACCACUACUGUACAGGUGUUCUUGGUCGUGCUGUACAGCUGCCAGAUGUGUGUUUGGGCUGUACCGUGUUCCUAGUCUCGACAUCCGACGUUUUUCUCCACGUGCUGGGAGCUUCUCCAAACGCGUGGAGCAAAAAAGUCGGACACCCUGCCGAACAACUGAGCGCUAGAACCCCAAAAACGCAAAAGACAGAGAGAGAGCUGCACGUCACAUAACAGUGGUAAAUGAGCUGGGUCAGCCCCUGUCAAGGAAUUGGAACUCUCAACCCCACUGAUCGUGAACUGAGCAGUCUAACCAGAUCACGACCUGGCCACACGAAUUCGUCCAGCUAGACCAAUGACAGAAUAGUGUCUCGUUUUGCAAUGUGAAAUUUGGUUAUUAGUUCACUGUGGCGUUUGCAGCUCUCUGCGACUGCCAUGAUGCAAGAG